AUUUAUUUUCAAAAAGUGCAAUACGUAUACAUGCAAUAAAUCAUGGAAAAGGGAUUCUGCAGCUAUCCCUUUCCCAGGAUUCAGUGUGGGUUGAUAAAGAGUACCUGCAGCUAUCCCUUUCCCAGGAUUCAGUGUGGGUUGAUAAAGAGUACCUGCAGCUAUCCCUUUCCCAGGAUUCAGUGUGGGUUGAUAAAGAGUACCUGCAGCUAUCCCUUUCCCAGGAUUCAGGGUGGGUUGAUAAAGAGUACCUGCAGCUAUCCCUUUCCCAGGAUUCAGUGUGGGUUGAUAAAGAGUACCUGCAGCUAUCCCUUUCCCAGGAUUCAGUGUGGGUUGAUAAAGAGUACCUGCAGCUAUCCCUUUCCCAGGAUUCAGUGUGGGUUGAUAAAGAGUACCUGCAGCUAUCCCUUUCCCAGGAUUCAGUGUGGGUUGAUAAAGGGUACCUGCAGCUAUCCCUUUCCCAGGAUUCAGUGUGGGUUGAUAAAGAGUACCUGCAGCUAUCCCUUUCCCAGGAUUCAGGGUGGGUUGAUAAAGAGUACCUGCAGCUAUCCCUUUCCCAUGAUUCAGUGUGGGUUGAUAAAGAGUACCUCCAGCUAUACCUUUCCCAGGAUUCAGUGUGGGUUGAUAAAGAGUACCUGCAGCUAUCCCUUUCCCAGGAUUCAGGGUGGGUUGAUAAAGAGUACCUGCAGCUAUCCCUUUCCCAGGAUUCAGGGUGGGUUGAUAAAGAGUACCUGCAGCUAUCCCUUUCCCAGGAUUCAGGGUGGGUUGAUAAAGAGUACCUGCAGCUAUCCCUUUCCCAGGAUUCAGUGUGGGUUGAUAAAGAGUACCUGCAGCUAUCCCUUUCCCAGGAUUCAGUGUGGGUUGAUAAAGAGUACCUGCAGCUAUCCCUUUCCCAGGAUUCAGUGUGGGUUGAUAAAGAGUACCUGCAGCUAUCCCUUUCCCAGGAUUCAGUGUGGGUUGAUAAAGAGUACCUGCAGCUAUCCCUUUCCCAGGAUUCAGGGUGGGUUGAUAAAGAGUACCUGCAGCUAUCCCUUUCCCAGGAUUCAGGGUGGGUUGAUAAAGAGUACCUGCAGCUAUCCCUUUCCCAGGAUUCAGUGUGGGUUGAUAAAGAGUACCUGCAGCUAUCCCUUUCCCAGGAUUCAGUGUGGGUUGAUAAAGAGUACCUGCAGCUAUCCCUUUCCCAGGAUUCAGUGUGGGUUGAUAAAGAGUACCUGCAGCUAUCCCUUUCCCAGGAUUCAGGGUGGGUUGAUAAAGAGUACCUGCAGCUAUCCCUUUCCCAGGAUUCAGUGUGGGUUGAUAAAGAGUACCUGCAGCUAUCCCUUUCCCAGGAUUCAGUGUGGGUUGAUAAAGAGUACCUAAGUAUUUUUAGGACUCAAAUAAAACGCAUUGAUUUAUUUAUUUAUUUUUUAAAUGAAAGGACAUCUAAAAAAGAUUAUAAUUGUCUUAAUUGGUCUGCUGCAUGA